AUGCAGUCAAGUCACAGUGGAGUGAACCAGCUUGGAGGCGUGUUUGUGAAUGGGAGGCCUUUGCCUGAUUCCACUAGACAGAAGAUAGUGGAGUUGGCCCACAGUGGAGCUCGUCCAUGUGACAUAUCCAGAAUUUUGCAGGUAAACGCUGACUCCCGUGUAGUGGUUCUCAACUUGGGUUCGGUAUCUAAUGGCUGUGUGAGUAAGAUCUUGGGCCGGUAUUACGAGACUGGUUCAAUUCGUCCUCGGGCCAUCGGAGGAAGUAAACCCAGGGUGGCCACUCCAGAAGUUGUAGGCAAAAUUGCCUCGUACAAGAGAGAAUGUCCGUCUAUCUUUGCCUGGGAGAUACGAGACAGGCUCUUAGUGGAGGAAGCCUGCACUAACGACAAUAUACCAAGUGUUUCCUCAAUAAAUCGAGUACUCAGGAACCUGGCCAGUGACAAGCAGCAAGUAGUAAAUGAGGGGGUAUUUGAAAAGCUAAAAAUGCUCAACGGACAAGCCACUUGGGCGGGACGCAAUGGGUGGUACCCUGGGUCGUCACUCAGUAUCACAGAAAAUAUGUGUUUGCAAGCAGAAGGAGCGGAAAAAAACGUAUCAGCUAGUUCAAACAAUGAAGAUUCGGAGGAGACUCAAAUGAGGCUUCAGCUGAAGAGGAAACUGCAGAGAAACAGAACAUCAUUCACACAAGACCAAAUAGAAGCGCUUGAAAAAGAAUUUGAAAGAACUCACUAUCCAGAUGUGUUUGCCCGAGAACGUCUUGCCAACAAAAUAGACCUACCUGAAGCACGGAUACAGGUUUGGUUUUCCAACAGAAGAGCAAAGUGGAGAAGAGAAGAAAAGUUGAGAAAUCAACGCCGUCAGGUGUCCAACUCCUCCAACCAUGUUCCCAUUAGCAGCAGUUUUAACAGCAGUGUUUACCAAUCUCUACCCCAACCUACUACACCAGUGUCCUUCUCAUCAGGAUCUGUGUUGGGGAGGUCCGACUCAGUUCUGUCCUGCACCUACAGCUUACCGUCAAUGCCACACUUCAGUAUGACAGCUAGCCUGCCUAUGCAAACACCUUUAGCAUCUUGUCAGACGUCUUACUCGUGCAUGCUGCCCGCCAGCACAGGUGUAAAUGGAAGAAAUUAUGAGACCUAUACUCCUCCACAUAUUCAACAGCAUAUGAACAACCAGCCAUUGACCUCCUCUGCCACUUCAACGGGUUUGAUUUCUCCAGGAGUCUCAGUUCCCGUCCAGGUUCCAGGCAAUGAAACAGACUUGUCACAGUAUUGGCCACGUCUGCAGUGA